AUGGCGGGGACAUCGAGGCACGACCGAGAGAUGGCGAUGAACGCCAAACGUCAGCUGUCUGUGUGCUCAGACCCCGUGGAGAGGCUGAGGCUGCAAUGCCUGGCCAGGGGCUCCUCCGGCAUCAAGGGCCUGGGCAGAAUCUUUAAAAUAAUGGAUGACAACAACAACCGCACCCUGGAUUUCAAGGAGUUCCUGAAGGGCUUAAACGACUACGGCAUCCUCAUUGAGAAAGAGGAGGCCACGGCGCUCUUCAAGCACUUUGACCGGGACGGCAGCGGGACCAUCGACUUUGAUGAGUUCCUCAUCACCCUCAGGCCCCCAAUGUCCAACGCCAGGAAAGAGGUGGUCAUGCAAGCGUUUCGAAAGCUGGAUAAGACUGGAGACGGGGUGAUCACCAUUGAAGACCUCAGGGGUGUUUAUAAUGCCAAGUACCACCCCAAGUAUCAAAACGGGGAGUGGACAGAAGACCAAGUUUUCCGGAAAUUCUUGGACAACUUUGACUCUCCUUACGAAAAGGAUGGAAAGGUAACCCAGGAGGAAUUUAUGAAUUAUUAUGCAGGCGUGAGUGCAUCCAUCGAUAGAGAUGUCUACUUUAUUGUCAUGAUGAGAAAUGCCUGGAAACUUUGA